CCUCAGGUGGUGUCUUUUGGGCCGUACCAUCACGGCGAACCCCACCUGAAACCGGUGGAAGCGCAUAAGGAAAGAGUUUUCUGUCGCUUUCUUCAGAGAGUAGGAAAAAGCACCAGUGAUUGUGUGGCUGCCGUGGGAGUGGUGGUUCAACAACUGAUGGACUCUUAUGAUCAGCUUGACGAAGGAUGGAAAGAGAGCGGGAGAUUCUUGCAACUGAUGAUCCUGGAUGGGUGUUUCAUGAUCGAGAUCUUCAGAAAUAUUAACCCCAAAUUCAGUGAUGAAUAUGCAUAUAAUGACCCGAUCUUCAGCAAACAUGCAAUGUUUUGCAAGCUGCAUCGAAUAAAGAGGGACAUGUUGAUGAUUGAAAAUCAGCUUCCUCUUCUGCUGCUGAAGACGUUAGUAGCUUUCGAAACAGGAUCUCCCCAGGAUGAUGAAUCCAUAAACGAGCUCGUACUGAAAUUCUUCAACCCCCACCAGUCAACCUCUAAAAUGGGCCACCGCCGCCAUGUGUUGGACGUGAUUAGGCAGAGCAUGCUUCGAGAGCGCAUUCAUCAUCGACUCACAUCGACUACCAUGCUUCACGAGAGAAUUCGUCAAGACACAUCGACGCAGCAGAGCAUGUAUCCACGAAUAGUUAACCGAAGUAUUCGACGAAUCACAUCAAUGGGGCAGAGCAUGUGUCAAAAAAUAUUUAAACCAUGCAGAUCCCCUACCCCAAGGGAGCAAGGCAAGCAAGGGGUCAUCUGGCCCGCGACACAGCUUCAUGAGGCUGGAAUCCGGUUCAAGACUAGCAAAACCCAAUACCUCAAUGACAUCAAUUUCCAAAAGAGCUUCCUCUGUUUCCCCAGCACCAUCAGUCUCCCUGAGAUUGAAGUGGAUGAUGCCACUGAAUCCAAAUUCCUGAAUAUAAUGGCAUUUGAGCAACUUCAUGCCGAUGCUGGCAGUGAAGUGAGUUCAUAUGUAUCGUUCAUGGACAAUAUUAUUGAUUCGGAGAGAGAUGUAAUACUACUCAAUGAGAAUAAGAUUAUUAAGAAUUUUGUUGGAACAGAGAAGAACGUUGCGGACCUCUUCAAUGGGCUUGCUUUCGAUGUGUCGAUUGAUCCAGGUUGUAGGAUAGGGGAGGUAGGGGACGUGCAUAGGGAAGUCAUAGCUUACUGCAACAACUAUUGUCUCCGUUUUCACCAGUCGUUGGACGAACUCUGGAAGACCUACUUCAGAAGCCCAUGGUCUUGCAUUUCCCUCUUGGCUGCAAUUUUCCUCCUAUGCCUCACUGCCAUACAGACCGUGUAUGGAGUCCUUGCUUUCUAUCAUCAGUAAGGCUAAAUCCACUGUGAGAAGACGCAUGGCUUGACCUUGGCGAUCUCUCAUCUUUCUAUCAUCAUCUUCUUCAUCUUCAU